GGGGCCGGGGCUGCGCGUUAUAUAGACGACGGACGGUGAGCGAGGACGGCAGCAAAGGGUAGGUUGUGUACGGGCGCCAUGAAGUUGACAGUGGAUUUCGAUGAGUGUCUGAACGACUCUCCACGUUUCAGAGCUGGACUAGAAGAUGUUGAAGGGGAUUUUGCUGAAUUGGAGUCAAAGCUGGACAAGGUUGUGAAGCUGUGUGCUGGAAUGAUAGAUGCUGGAAAGAACUUUUGUAAUGCUAACAAGCAGUUUGUAAAUGGAAUUCGUGAGCUUGCCCAUCAGUCCACCAAGGAUGAAGUUAUUGAGAACAGUCUGGUGAGGUUUUCGGAGAGCCUUCAGGAGAUGGUCAAUUUCCACAUGAUUCUGUUUGACCAAGCCCAAAGAUCCAUCAAGUUACAACUUCAGACAUUUGUUAAAGAGGAUCUUAGAAAAUUUAAAGACGUAAAAAAACAGUUUGACAAGGUCAGUGAAGAGAAAGAAAAUGCAUUAGUGAAAAAUGCUCAAGUUCAAAGAAAUAAGCAACAUGAAGUGGAAGAGGCUACGAACAUCCUAACAGCAACACGCAAGUGCUUUCGACAUAUAGCACUGGACUAUGUUUUGCAGAUCAAUGUCCUUCAGUCAAAGAGAAGAUCUGAACUUUUAAAAUCGAUGUUGUCCUUUAUGUAUGCCCAUCUCACAUUCUUUCAUCAGGGAUAUGAUCUUUUUAUGGAACUGGAGCCUUACAUGAAGGAGCUGGGGGCCCAGCUGGAUCAAUUAGUUGUGGAUGCAGCUAAAGAGAAGAGAGACAUGGAACAAAAACAUUCCACUAUUCAACAAAAGGAUUUUUCCAGCGAUGAUCCCAAGAUAGAAUUUAACAUUGAUGCUGCUAAUGGUGUGGUCAUGGAAGGAUAUUUGUAUAAACGAGCCAGCAAUGCCUUUAAAACUUGGAACCGGAAAAAGACCCCCCACAUCAGGCGUUGGUUUUCAAUUCAAAACAACCAGCUGGUUUACCAAAAGAAGUUUAAGGAUAACCUCACAGUAGUAGUUGAUGAUUUACGACUUUGCACAGUCAAACCAUGUGAGGAUAUUGAAAGGCGCUUCUGUUUUGAAGUAGUCUCUCCCACAAAGAGUUGUAUGCUGCAAGCAGACUCUGAGAAAAUCCGACAGGUUUGGAUCAAAGCUGUUCAAGCUAGUAUAGCUACAGCAUACAAAGAGAAAGGAGAAGAGAGCUAUGCUGAAAAAUUAGAUAGAAGAUCAUCCCCUUCUACCAGCAGUCUGGACUCUGGGAGUGAAUUGAAGGAGCGACCAGUAAAAGGAGAAAGUGCACUUCAGCGUGUGGAGUGCAUUGCUGGCAAUACGUAUUGCUGUGACUGUGGCCAGUUAGACCCUCGUUGGGCAAGCAUUAAUCUUGGAAUCACUCUAUGCAUUGAAUGUUCAGGAAUUCACAGGAGUCUAGGUGUCCAUUUUUCUAAGGUGCGUUCCCUUACUCUGGAUUCAUGGGAACCUGAGCUCUUAAAACUUAUGUGUGCACUGGGAAAUAACAUUAUAAAUAGAAUAUAUGAGGCAGGAGUCGAGGAAAUGCAUUGUAAAAAGCCAAAUGCAGGAGAUUCAAGGCUUGAGAAGGAAGCUUGGAUCAAAGCUAAAUAUGUUGAGAAGAAAUUUGUACAGAAAUCCCACAGAAUAUCUUCAACAAAAGAAAGUCCACAGGUUUUACCACAGUCCGAGCAACUUGAAGGCACACAUGAACAAGCCUCCAAAUUUCUGUCCAUUCCAGGGAGCAAUUCAAAAUUUUCAGGAGUAAAAAAUUCAGGCAGUGAUGUACCAUGUAGCUCUGAGGGCAGCAAGGAUAUAGUAAUGUCUGUAACUUCCAAUAACAUCUUACCUGAACCAGAAAUUUUGGAAGCAUCUACUCUGGAUGGAGGUGAAAAGAAUUCAUCUGUCUUUGAAGAAACAAUUAUUUCUCCUGGAUUACAAUUAUAUAAAGCUGCAUAUGUUCGAAGUCUUCCAGAUAUGGCAGAAGCAUUAGCCCAUGGAGCUGAAGUAAACUGGGUUCAUGCUGAAGAUAAUAAAGCAACUCCUCUUAUUCAGGCCGUACUGGGGGGCUCUUUGGUUGCCUGUGAAUUUCUGCUACAGAAUGGAGCAGAUGUGAACCACAGAGACUGUCAUGGCAGAGGACCACUACAUCAUGCCACCAUCUUGGGUCAUACUGGGCAGGUGUGUUUAUUUCUGAAAAGGGGAGCCGAUCAAGGCGCACUAGAUGAAGAAAUGAAAGACCCACUUGCCAUUGCAAUAGAAGCUGCAAAUGCUGACAUAGUUACAUUGUUGCGUCUGGCAAAGAUGAAUGACGAGAUGCGAGAAUCUGAAGGCCUUGGACAGUCAGGUCAAUAUUCCAAUAACAGUCAUACAGAGAUGCAAUAUAAAAAAUGCAUGCAGGAAUUUAUUAGUUUACAGCUACAAGAUUCUUGAUCCUCCUUAAAUAAUGAUUACCUAAACAUCUCCAAUGAGGGCCUGGGGUAAGGAAUGGGAGCCUCAUGACUUUGUCAUGUGGCUGGUGAUACAAUAUUUAAAUUGAUAGAUCUUGUCCAAUUGGAGGACCAAUAUUGCAACCAGCCAAAUUCCAAGAAAGAGUAUCUUACAAUCGGAGGAAAAAAAGCAGGUACCAAAGUUAUUUGGCAAUGAAAACAAUGCACCUCAAAUUUUAAAA